AACAGCAACCAGCAAUGAUGGAGUUAUAUCAGAAGGAGUCUGUGCGGUGGAUGAGAAGACACAGCCAGAGUCUCCUUCGGGAUCUCUUCUACCCGGGUGUUCAAGCUGGGGACAGAGACACACCUAUACCAGCACAAUCUGGAACUGCUAAUAAGACUGUAGCUGCCAGCAUCAUCAGUGGGAAGAGCAAGCUUCUUCUGCUGGAAAGCCCUGACAGUGUGGAAAUCUACAGUCUUAAUAAACCAGUGACGCACCCAGGGGUAGGAGGGACGGGACAUGUCUACCUCCCUGCCAUCACAGCCAAGGCCUCCAGUCUGGCUUCAGUCAGAGGCUCUCUGAGCGCUUCCUGCCCUUAUCUGUACAGCGAACGCAGAGGAUCCUUCUCUUCCAUAGGCUCACAGAGAACUGCAGACUAUAACAAGAACAAACAGAGUAACCUAAAGGCAUUGAAGGAGGCCAAGCGAUCCAAUGUCACCGUGACGAUGACCUAUCUGGGGUCACUUGGUCACCUGGGGUCUGCAGGGUCACAGCAGGACGAGCUGAAAGUGCUCCAGCAGAUCUGUGGAGGAGAGAACAUCUGUGUCUUCAAGGGCUUGGUACAACCAGGAGGUGGAGGAUGA